AUUUCGCAGUAAUAGAGAUGGGGUUGGUCACAGGACGGUGCAGCAUGCCGGUCCGGUUAGGGUCCUGUUCCUGUAACAGUACUGGCGGCUGCAGGAGCGCUGCAGUUUCACUCGUGAGCAGCAUAACUAUCCCGCUGUAGAACCGGACAGUAAGCUUAAAGAAACAGUCAAAUGUGCUGUGGUGAAGGGCGUCUCCUCAGCAGAGAGAUGAUGUGAUGGUGUAAUUGAGAGGUAGCUGGGGCUCAGAUUGUGGGGCUGUGUCUGAGAGCAGGUGCUGGAGGUGGGGCCCUUCCGCGGGCUCUGUGCUCAGCCCCCCCCCCGUCUCUGUGGGACGGUGGCGUCAGCGUCUCUAUAGCGGCUCCUCCCUGGAGGAGGAAGAGGAGCUGAGGGGGAGGGAGCUCAGAGCUGAGAGGAGUCCUCCUGCAGCAGUCGCUCACAGCUGUGUGCACGAGACCCGCCACUCCCGCCUCCAACCGCCAUCGAACCCGAGCCCAGGCGGCCGCCCCCCGUCAGGUGGGGAAGGCGGCCAUGAACUAGAGCUGGGGAGACGGUCGGCCGAAUCGGGCCCUGUGGCCACAAUGAGCCUGCUGUCACACUUCUGCUGAGCGGGUCCAGGUUUGCAGUGAGGAUGCGUUGCCUUGCGGCCCGGGUCAACUACAAGACCCUGAUCGUGAUCUGUGCGCUCUUCACCCUCAUCACGGUGCUGCUGUGGAACCGCUGCUCCAGCGACACCGCCCUGCGCUUCCCCCCCAGGCCCCAGCCCGCCGUCGCCGCCACCCCCGCCAACCCGCAGCAGCCGCAGCCGCCCGAGCCCCCGCCGGUGGUGGGAGGGGUCAAGUACGAGGAGAUCGACUGCCUCAUCAACGAUGACGUCACCAUCAAGGGCCGGCGGGAGGGCGGGGACGUCUACCUGCCCUUCAGCUGGGUGGAGAAGUACUUUGAGGUGUACGGCAAGGUGGUGCAGUACGACGGCUACGACCGCUUCGAGUUCUCGCACAGCUACUCCAAGGUGUACACGCAGCGCGAGCCCUACCACCCCGACGGGGUCUUCAUGUCCUUCGAGGGCUACAAUGUGGAAGUGCGCGACCGCGUCAAGUGCAUCAGCGGCGUGGAAGGCGUGCCCCUGUCCACGCAGUGGGGGCCCCAGGGCUACUUCUACGCCAUCCAGAUCGCGCAGUACGGGCUCAGCCACUACAGCAAGAACCUGACGGAGCGGCCGCCCCACGUGGAGGUGUACGACACGGCCGAGGAGCGGGACAGCCGCCCCAGCGCCUGGACCGUGCCCAAGGGCUGCUCCCUGUCCCGCGUGCACGACAAGACCCGCCACACCGCCGUGCGCCAGUUCAGCGCCCCAGAGAACUCCGAGGGCAUCUCCUUACCGCUGGGCAACUCCAAGGACUUCAUCAUCUCCUUCGACCUCAAGUUCACGUCCAACGGGAGCGUGUCGGUGGUGCUGGAGACGACGGAGAAGGGCCCGCCGUUCGUCAUCCACUACGUGACCAGCUCGCAGCUCAUCGCCUUCAAGGACCGCGACAUCACGUACGGCCUGGGCCCGCGCACGGCCUGGAGCACGGUCACGCGCGACCUGCUGACCGACCUGCGCAAGGGCGUGGGCCUGUCCAGCACCAAGGCCGUCAAGGCCACCAAGGUCAUGCCGCGGCGCGUGGUGCGGCUGGCGCUGCGCGGCCGCGGCUACCUGGACAACGUGACCAUCUCCACCACGGCGCACACGGCCGCCUUCUUCGCCGCCAGCGACUGGCUGCUGCGCAACCAGGACGAGCGCGGCGGCUGGCCCAUCAUGGUGACGCGCAAGCUGGGCGAGGGCUUCCGGGCCCUGGAGCCGGGCUGGUACUCGGCCAUGGCGCAGGGCCAGGCUAUGUCCACGCUGGUGCGCGCCUACCUGCUGACGCGCGACCCCGUGUACCUGAACGCGGCGCUGCGCGCCACCGGGCCCUACCGCCUGCCCUCCGAGCAGCACGGCGUCCGGGCCGUCUUCAUGAACAAGCACGACUGGUACGAGGAGUACCCCACCACGCCCGGCUCCUUCGUGCUCAACGGCUUCAUCUACUCGCUCAUCGGCCUGUACGACCUGGCGGAGACCGCGGGCGACAAGCUGGGCCGCGAGGCCGGCCUGCUCUUCAGCCGCGGCAUGGAGUCGCUCAAGGCCAUGCUGCCGCUGUACGACACGGGCUCCGGGACCAUCUACGACCUGCGCCACUUCAUGCUGGGCACCGCGCCCAACCUGGCGCGCUGGGACUACCACACCACACACAUCAACCAGCUGCAGCUGCUGGCCUCCAUCGACAACGCGCCCAUCUUCAGGGACUUCGUCAAGCGCUGGAAGAGCUACCUGAAAGGGGGGCGGGCGAAGCACAACUAGAGCCCCGCCCACCGGACCGGGAUCGGGGCGGGGCCGAGCGCGAGUGACAGCAGGGGGGCGGGGCCGGGGCGGAGGCACGGGGGUCUCGGGAAGAGAACGCAGUCCGUUUCAGUUCAGCAGCAGAGACAGAGAGGGCUCUCACUCAGCCCCCCUCUCCACACACAUUUCAGAGUGAUAGGAGUUCAGCUUCCUUUGGGCGGGCAGGUGUAAUUAACUGCAAACGUGGUUUCAGGGCAUGUGUUCGUGCGCGUGUGUGUGUGUGUGUGUGUGUGUGUAUGGGAAGCUGGUCCUAAAUGUGACGGGAAACUGCCAGGUGAGUUUACAGAGUAUCGGACAGGCUGCCAUCCUUUCAGUCUCUCUGCAUCCCACACUCUUAUUUAUUUCGGAGCCAUCCUCUUCAUUUCAGUGUCUCUGGUGCAGGGGGUGGUGUGGUGUCAACUUGCCAUCAGAACUCUUCAGAACGGAGGCCCGACCCAAAGAAUCAGUCAGAAUCAUGCGUUUUUGUCCGUGUCAUUGAGACAGCAGCACUUUGUAAUGUAUAAGCUGGGGCCCUGACAGCUGUUUGUGUGCUGAAGGUGCUAGCCAUUCUCUUGUGUUUUUGUUCUUGGGGGUUUCAAUGUUGCCGUAUAUGGUGUUAAGCAUCUGUUGGCUACUCACUGUUGCAAAUCUCACAGCACAAGGCCGCCUGGUUUCAUGUUUCCUUAUAAGGUCGUUUCCUGUCUUCAUGAGAUAGGAGGUGUGCACCUGGCACAGUGGCUCAUCUGUGGCUCCGCCCACUUUGGCCUUGGGUCCACCCUGCACUUUCACUGCAGUGCUUUGGUGUGGAUCUCAGCCUCCCGUCUGCAGUCCCACUCCCACCUGCCCUUCACUGAGCCCGCGUCGCUGCCGCGAAGGCCAGGCCAGGAGCAGCCUGCUGUGCUGGCCUGGGUGGAGCUCGGCGCAGUUCAGGCAGCGCUCGCCCACAGCUCUGGGCUGAGAGAGGGGGCAGCGGUGGCCUCUGGAACGGAUGUCCCAAACCCA